GGUUAGACCCUCGGACCUGCGCGUGGACAGAGUGCUCACGUUGAGGGCAUCAAGAAUCGAUUCCGUGGAUGGACAGCAACGAAUCUGACCCCGAAUUUCCUUUCAAGUCAUCUUUCAACUUAGCGGUAGUGUAGAUUCCUCUUUGCAUCCAGGUCAAGGUUUCAGUGGCUAGGGAGAGCCUACAAUAUAACAAUAAAAAAGACCUUCACUGGCUCACGUUUCAGCCAGUGCCUGAAACACGAUAGCGCAUCCCCACAAGUACAUAGUAUCAGAAACUUACUUCAUUUGACUGGUGCAGGUUGACUAGAUUAAGACAAAUAGAUUUGUUAUCAGGAUGCAUACAUUUGUGGCCGUAGGGUUCAUACUUGUAACUUUAGCAGCCGCUAAGGUUCAGGUACCGCCAGAUGUUGCUGGUUUUUACGGGGACCUGCGGGAGCAGGAGCCGAAACCAUGCUGCGCACCGAGUUACUUCACGUUUAAGUCGACUCACUUCCUGACGUACUCACUGGGGGAAGCGGGACUCAUUGUUGAGAUGCAGCAAGCCACUGGGGCAUACGACAGGAUCGCUGAGAAGAUUGCCAGCCGCAUCCACCUAGGCUUCUUCAACGGGACCGAGGAGAGCUACCAUACCAUCGACGACUACCACUCAGGGGUAUCAUACUCCAUUACAAGGAUUGGAGGAGAAUUAAUCUGCAGGUCGAAUGAAUUGGAGGGCGAGUUUCCCGAGGACUGUAUACCGGACGAUGCCACCUACGUUGGGUCAUCUAGUCUGGGUGAUCGUGCCGUGGAGGUUGACUCAUGGUACAUGUCGAAGACACAUCCCGGGCAGGACGUGCACCGCGUGCGCACUGUGCAGAAAGAAGAAUGUGUGCCGAUAUAUUCGACUGGACGAUACGUCAGUCCGGACACUGGUGCAACUUUCCAAACUGAAAGCUCACAUGUCACAGACUUUCAUCUUGGAAUCUGUGACGAGGACAAGCUGUUUCAUGUCCCGGCUAUCUGUUUCGAGCGGGCCACUGAUAAUUCCAAGACUCCAAAGCGUUUGCGGAAAAUCGUCAGACUGAGUCCAACUAUGUCAUACAUCGGUUUGUAAUGGAUCGUAAGUUUAAACUUCGAUGAGAUGACUGAAUGACUUACUAUUUCUAGAAAUAAAAAUGAGAUAAAACAGUGGAAUUCCUACGAAAUUUCCAGUUGUAGACAUUGUAGACUUUCCUUGAAGCGACGAUGCAUAAAUAAGUUUAGAAAGAAAAACACAAAACACUUGUUUCGUGUCUAUACCUACAACUAUGCAGACACGACAAUGCAAUAUUCACAUUUUUUUCAACAAAAUCUGGUGCUACUAUCACGUGACAUUUGUGUCAGCUUUGUGGCAGCAGCCCCAGGAAAUUAUCGUUCUCGUUUAAAAAGUUUAGUUUGGCUUUUUCAAAACAUUGUCAGGAAGGAAGUGGAGCAAACGAGGUCCUGAGAUUCUGAAAGAUUUAGAAAUUAGGCAAUUCAGUUUUCAUUUUUUACAAAAUUUUCAUCUACUGCCGAGAAAAUAAUGAUCUUUUUCUUAGAGACUCUACUACGAAAACAAUAAACAAAGAGCGCUACACUGAUACGUC